CGAAAUUCUCUGUAACAACACUAAACUAGAAGCAUUCUACGCGUUUUGUAAGAAGCACAAGAGAACAACUGAAUUCUGUAGGCUUUGCGACAUAAUCAGAAACCAUCUUGCAAAUCUUAACAAAAUACAAGGGACCAGAAAGACAUACCUGACUAAUUGAGAUUGAACUUUGGCAGGAAGCUUUUCGUUUUGUGUAAGACAUUCAUGGUUUGAUGUGUAUGGUAAAGAAAACUCCCAAGCCAUAAGUGAUGGUCAUUUAUUAUGGCAAGCUGACGGAGAUGUUCCGGGUUUCGAACUAUCAACUUUAUAAUGCAUAUGCAUGGUCCAAACUGUUCUCACGACAAAGUGGACAAAAACAAUGGAGGCUAUGGAUAUGUUUCAGCUGCUCAAGAUCCUAACAUGUAUCCUAACCAAGGCUAUGUCGGUCCUGGAUAUGCACUUGGGAACUGUAAUCAAGUCUCGCAUCCCAGGCCUCCAGUCGAUAAUUAAUAAAAGUAUUGCUGAACUAGAGGCGGAAUUGAGUCGUUUUGGCAAGCCUGUUGCUUUUGAUGGUGGAGGUAAACUGUACCUGAUUAUGGAGAUUUGUCAUCUUUAUGAUGGAAUUUACAAAGAACAUCUUGACGGCAUAUAUGUAGCUGGUAGAUUGGAAUGUAGCUGGUGUUACUUUCUGGUAGAUUGGAAUGUAGCUGCCCCUGCCCACACAUGAACGACGUUCUUUGUCGUAUGUGAACCAGGGACACAACACAUGGAUGCUCUACUUGAUAUCAUUUAUGAAGUAUUGGCUAAGUUCAUCUUCAUCGGAGGAGCUAAUCGUUUUGUUGUUUAACAUGUUUUUUUUUAUCUUAUUGUCUAUUAGCAUCUUUUUGUUAGAACUUACUAGCUAGCUAGUUUGGACAUGUAUUGUCUUGAACCAAAAUUUCAUAUUUUUUGUGUAAUUAUAAACCCAAUGGAUAAAAUGAAUGAAUGUGGAAUUCUCAAGUUUGAGUUUGAAUUUGAAUUUCAGUUUGGGUUCC